ACAUUAAAUUUUAUACAAAAAGAAAAGUUAAGCUUUUUAACUCUUUAAGUAUAAUUAUUCAACAUUUAUAAUUUAAAUAAUAUAAUAAUAUGCUUCUAUAUCUGGUUACCAUAGAAACAAAAGCUAAACACAAAUAUUAAAUAAACAUAAAAUGUGUUACUGUAUUAAAAGAUAUAUCUUUUUUUGUCUUUUAAUUUAUUACAUAAAUUUUGUAUUAAUUGUUAUCGCAAACAAAGAAUUGCUUGAAUUUUCUGAACCAUCAAAAUGUAAAAAUAAUGAACAUUUUGAUAUUGUGACACUUUCUUGCAUAGAAUGUGAUGUUAACAAAAACCUAAAGCCAUCUGACGAUCAAUUACGAUGUAUUUGUAAUAAAUUUAGUAAAAAAAUUGGUUUCAAAGAUGGUUAUCCUAUAUGUAUAUCUUGUGGUAUUAAUGCUACAGUAACAUCAGAUGGAAACGAUUGUAUAUCAUGUAACAAUGCAACAUGCAUAUGUUCUUCUAAUGAAAUACAAGUAGAUAGAAAUUUAGAUGGAACAUUAUUAGAUACUAUGUAUUGUAUUUCAUGUGUAAAUAAUACUUAUCCAUUUUUGCCUGGAUCUAAAUGUUUACCCUGCAAAAAUUUUGAAUAUAAUUAUUAUGAAAAUGAUACAUAUUUUACAAAGUAUUAUUAUACACUGAUACAGAAUUACUGUUUAUAUAAAAAUUCUUUUUUUGAUAAACAAAAUUCAAAAAUUACAUUACAAAUGAAAUUUAAUAAUCAACAUAUAGAUUAUUUGAGAAAUGAACUUGAAAAAAUUAUAUAUUUUUGUAAGAAAGAAGAUAAAUUAGCAUGUGAAUAUUUAUCAAAUAUAUGUGUUUUGAGUCUUUAUGCUAAUGAUAGUGCAUGUAAAUUUUUUAUGAAGAAACAAAAAGCAUCUAUAUGGUUAUUUUAUAAUAAAAAUGAAACUACAACUAUAUUAAAUAGUAAACAAAUUACACAAAAUUACAGUUUUAUGAAAGAAAGCAAUGAUAAUAUAUUAAAUUUUACAAUUGUUACAUUUUCUUUACAUGGCAAUUUGAAAUUCAUUGGUAAACCUAAUAUUCCAUGCAAUUUGUUGGAACAUGUUAGAUUUGGUAUUGAUUUUGAAAAAAAAUGUAAACUUUCAAUUAAAAAUUUAAUGCAAACAAAGAUGGAAUUUAUGUAUCCAUAUUUAACAUUUACAAAAAAUAACAAUAAUUUAAUGUAUGCAUUACCUAUACUUAUUAAAAAUAUUAAUCAAGAUUAUAAUAAAAUAUCAGAUUGGCAAUUAGUACGAAAAUUUUUCUUUGUUGACAACAUCAAUGGUUUUAAAAGAUUGUCAAAUUUCACAACAAAUGAUAUUGAUGAAAAAGCAAAUAAAUUAUCUGUAUUACGUUAUAUGAAAUCAUUAAAUGUAAUAAUUAAUGUUCAAAAUACAAAGGAUAAGAAUAAAAUAUUUCCACCAUUAUUAAUCAUUGAAUAUGCUGAUUUAAUAUAUGAACAAAUUGAUAAAAUAGAAAUGAAAGAAAUUACAUUAGAAUAUAAAAUUAAAUUUAUUGUAAAAGAUAAUAUAGAUUUAUAUUUUAUGAUAAUUAUUGGAAUUUUGUUAGUAUUGGCUUUACCAUUAUCAGGAAUAAAAACAUGGAAUUAUAUUAAACAACAUCAUACUUCUUCUAUUAAUAUAUUUGUAGUUAUUUGGUUUUUUAUUUAUACUAUGAGUACUAUAGGAAAUAUAAUUAUUUUAUGCUUAAUCAUUUUAUGUUUAUAUCUAUUUAUGUUUUAUAAAGGAAAAACAAUACCAUGUAUUUUUUUUCCUGAAGAUGUUAAUGAAAAAAUGAUAAAAACAUUUACAGUAAUAGCAUUUUUUUCUAAAUUUAUAGAAAUACUUGGAUUUAUUUGUCAGUAUUGGAAUAUUGAUAUAUUUUUUAUCGAUUGGGAACAACCAAAGAUAAUAAAUAAUCAAUGUAAACACAAUCUUCCAUAUUUAUCUAUAAAUGAGUUUUAUAUCAAUAAAUUUUCUAAAAAUAAACAUUUUCACAUGACAUCAGAAAUAAUAACAGCCAAACGCAAAAAAAUAUUAUAUAAAUUAAAGAAAUAUGAAAAUCCUAAGAAUUUUAAUAAAUCUUUUUCAGUUGACAAACAAAAAACUGAAAAUUCGAUAUCAAAAAUUUCUACUCAAAUAAUGAAUAAAGAUAACAAUUUUGAUAAUGUACCUAUUAGUAUUUGGAGAACAUAUUUCAUUGCACAUAAAUGGUUAAAUCUUCAAACAAAAAGAAAAAUAAAUAUUAUGAUACAAUUACUUGCUGUUCUAUGUAUUUUUCAGAUAAUACAAUUGUGUCCAUGGAUUGUUGGAAUACCAGAAUUAACAUCUAUACUUUUUGAAAACAAUUAUAAUUUUAUUUUAUACUACACAAUAUGUACCUUAAUAUAUAUUUUAAUUUAUUGUAUUCAUUGGUUGAUAUCUAUUGUGUUUUUUGAACAAUGUAUUACAAACAGAAUGCAAGAAUUUAUCAAUUUAUGUUCAAUUGCAAAUAUUAGUGUAUUUAUUUUACCAUUUAAUUAUUAUGGUUUUUAUAUUCAUGGAAGAUCAGUACAUGGAUUUGCAGAUAUAGAUUUACCUACUUUAAUUAAUAAUUUGCAAAUGGAAAAAAAUAAUUUAUGUGCACACAGAGGUCUUGUUCCAGGCACAACUCAACAAACAUUUAUAUUAUACUUAACAAAAACUUUCAGGAUUACUUUCAACAAAAACUUGAAAUUGACAAACAUUAAACGACAUAAUUUUAUAAAUAAUUUCUAUUCUACAACUACAAAUUGGGAAUAUAUAUUUAAUAAUCAAUUGAAAAUAAAACAGUUCUUAUGUAAAUUUGUAGAUCAUUGCAUAAAAAAUGAGGAUUAUAUUAUUAAAGAACAGCAUUUCUUAGAGAAAUUAUUCAAUAUAUUUUUUUACAAUGAAGAGAAAUCAACUUUCUAUAUUGAUAACAAUUAUUCUUUUAAUCAAGUAUUAUUAUAUGGAAAUGAAUGGUUAUUUGCAACAUUUGAAAUUUCAAUUUUUACUCUUAUCAUUGUGUUGUGUAAUAAUAGCACAUUAGCUAUUGUUGUAACAAUAUUAGCAUCAAUAUUGUUAACUCUAAUAAUGAAACAAAGUGGUAAGAAAAAUAUAAGUAAUCAUAUAUUAUUAAAUAGAAUAUUUUUUACAUAAAUAAUUAAUUUAUUAUAUAUAUAAUAUAAUACUAUUAAAGAUAUUAUAGAUAUAAUACUAUUAAAGAUUGUAUUUUAUAUAAUAAUUUAAAUUAUAUCAAAAAUUUACUAAUUUUUGUAUAAUGAAAUAAAUGAAUAAAAAUAUAUAAUUCAUACUAUAAUUAUUUUAUAUAAUUGAAGAAUUUAUAUAAUUUUUAAUGUAUAUAUUUUAAUGUAUAUAUAAUAUAUUUAUAAAUAUGCAUGCAUUUAUAUGCAUUUAUCAAUAUUCUGAGAAACAUAAUUGAAAUAAAAAAAAUAUUUAAAAAAAAAUUAUUUAGUUAAAAAUUAAAAUAUUUAAAAUUUUUUAAAUAAUUUUUUCAAUAAAUACUCAAGAUCAAAUAUAAAUAAUAAAAUUUUUUUAAUUUUGUUAUAUAUUCUGUAGUAAUUCUAUAUUUUGCACAUAUUAAUUCUCAUAAUAUAAAUCAUUAAUUAGUUAUUAAAUAUAUAAUAAAAUCAUUUCAUUUAAAUUAUAAUUUAUUUUCAAAUUUAUAAUAUACAACAAUAAUUAAGCAAUUUUAUAAUAUUUCUCUAUAUUACCAAUUAUUUUUUAAAUAAAACUAAUGAUGACUAUCAUGAUGAUCGUGAUCAUCAUGUUUAGGAUCAUAACUAAUUCCAAGAGAUUUUUCUAUACCUAGUGUUACUAAAAAUCCAGCAAAUCCAAGUAGCAUACCCCUGGUAAAUGUUUUAAAUAAUCGUAAGGCAUGAGAAGAACCAGGAAGUGCUGUAUAACGCCAAACUUCAUUUCUCAACCAAGGAUCUUUCAACCCAUGUUUAGCUAGUUUUUCUUGAACCAUUUUGAGCUCUGGCACAUCUUCUAUUUUAUAUAUGUCAGGAGAUGGUAUUUUCAUUGAAGAUCCAUGACCAUGACCUCCCAUUUUUCAAAUGAA